AAGCAUACAUAUCCCUGCAUCGGAACGGCUUGCUGUGAUCUUUGUGGAGCACUUUUAUCCAGUUCGCUUCGAACUGGCAUCGCAAGUGGUUGUUUCGGUUGGUCCCCUCUCUCGCGAUCCGGUCUUAUAGCCAUACCGGUUGCCGUGUGGUGUGUUCUGUCUGUGUUGGUUGGUGUGCUCCUGCGUGUCCGAUUCAAUUUCGGCAGCUUAUCGGGAUCAGAGAGAGAGGAGUGCAAGGAAUCGAGGAAAUCCACGGUGUCCUCUAGUGACCUAAAUAGUUGUUUUUUUGAUGUGUUGCUGGCCUCGGAUGUCAUUGCAAGCACGAUCAAGUCGAGUGACUUUCCCCGCCUGACCAGGCCCCCGGAAGUGUUUCUUUCAAUUCUCUGUGUAUCGUUUCGGCGCGGCGGAGCAGCACCGGAACCAGCAGCUUUUGCCGUGAGUGUGAAGAAACCGAAGAAGCCGCUAAAGCGAGUGCUGGUGUUCAAUCAAACACACCGUGGAUAAUUGGUGGACGAGGAGAAGCGAUGUUUUUAUUCGGUUAUGCGCGAGAUCGGGUGUAACGACCGGUGAUUAGUUCUGCGAAAUUUGCUACCUAAAAUUUGUGUGUGUGUGUGUGUGUUGAAACAGAAGAAGAAGAAAAAGAAGAAGGGCGAAGAAGGCAAAUUGCUGUGCAAAUUGAACCAGCGCGAUCAGGUGUAGCGUUUUCUUGAGUGAUCAGGCAGAGAGAAUCGGUUUUGGAACGUUAGAAGAACAAAGAAGCUGCGUGGGGAAAAGGUAGACAGCCGAUAAGAGAAACAAAUUGAACAAGUAACCGAUAGGAUAAUUUCAAAGUUGGUGAAAGGGAAGGCAGUGCUGGUGGUUUAGAGGUUUUUAUUUGAAGAGUGCGUCUCAACCUGAGCCGGAUGAUAGGAUUCGGGACAUUCGGGCGCCGAAUGGAAACAUAACACCGGGCCCACGAACACAGAUCUACUACCAAUGGCAGAGUUUCAUCUAUCGACUGGAGCUGCCAUGUUCAAUCGAUCCCUAGUGUAUCUGGAGCUGGUUGCGGUUAGUUCGUCGACAGCGACCCUGCCUGGUGUUAACGGCAGCGGCAGCAGUAGUACCACUACUGGUGGCAUCCUGACGACCGGCUUCGACCUGAUCGGGUCUAGCACUAGCGCGCUGCUCGUAUCGCAGCAACCCGGCCUGGACGGCAACGAAACUGGUGGCCCUAGCAACGAGGGCGGUCUCGUCAACGAAAAUUUCGGCACCAAGGCGGAUCCGAUUUGCAUAAUUCUACCCAUUACCAUUUUCUAUUGCUUCAUUUUCGUGGCCGGCAUCCUAGGGAAUCUGGCAAUCUGCAUUGUGAUUGCGAAGAAUCGUUCCAUGCAUACGGCCACCAACUACUAUCUGUUCAAUUUGGCCGUAUCGGACUUUUUGCUCCUGCUGUUUGGUGAGUAGUGUGUAUGUGUGUGUGUUGUAAUAGUGUUACAAGGGGUUGCACCGAAUUUGUCGACCAUGUGGGGGUCUGUAUACGCCAUGAUACAUUACUCCGCUGGGAGCCUUGACGGAUUGGUUUAUAAGUAGUAGGUAACUGAAAUUUGAUUUAGA